AUGACUGUUGACAGAACCAAAGAAUUAAAUUCUCUUGAUAUGGAAGAUAUGUUACCAACUUAUGGAAGAUUUAUUCAACUUUUUAAACCAUUAAAAGAACCAGAAAACAAUAAAAAUAAAUUUAAUAAUACGACGGAUAAUUUAAAAUUAAUCCAAGUUCUGGACGCAACAACGGAGGAUCCAUUCACAAUAGAAUCUUUUGAUACACUCAUACAGCAACAUGCGGAACAAGGCAAAAAUUUUAUAUUAGCUAGAGUAAUUACUUCUGACCCAUUAGAUAAUACAAAAAUGUAUCAAUCCCAUUAUUCAGCUCAUCACAUCAAUAAAGUGUUGUUUCGGACUCAACCCGAGCAAGGUUUAUUACACCGAAUGAAAGCUAAAAAUGCAAAUGUACAUUAUUAUGUUGUCAAAGCUGAAACUGUUAAAUUAGAACAACCUAUUAUUAAACCUUCUUCUAAGUCAACAAUUUCACAUGUAACGACGUUAAAUCUCACGGAAACGGUCGAUAUAUCUGCAACUUCUGCACUUGACUUAUCACAUGAAGUUAUUAUAUUAUCGGAAAAAAUUAGGUGGUCAACAGAAAAAAUGAAUCCAAAAAUCAAAGAAUCAGAAAUAAUAAAUUUACAAAAUGAUAAUGAAAUCCGUUUAAAUAUAGAUGACGAAGAAAUUUCAAACAUAUCAUCUACCAUCAAUCACACGACGUCGACAUUACAACCUUCAUCAUCAUCACAAAAAAGUAAUGAAAUAGAAUCAUCAAUAUUUUAUUAUAAAGCAAUAUAUUAUGGAACGGAUGAUGAUUUUUUAAUGAAAACCCGAGUACGACAAUAUUUCAAAGCUAAUGCGUUAGAUCCAUCUGAUUCUCAAUUAUUUGCCAUAAAUUCAUCGACACAAAAUUUAGGGGAAACGAGAGCGACCGGAACAUUUGUGGCAACACGUAGGCAUUUGAAUCGUUUGAUACCGGAAAAUGGAUUUUUAAUUGAUCGAAUUGGUGAUUAUAAUCCAAAUCAAUCACCUCAAGCUUCUCAAUCGACAUAUAAUGGUUGGAGAUCAUUUCACAAUAUACAUGGAUCGUGGCAUUCAUUUUAA